AUGGAUAAAUCUUGGAUGCAUAUUGAAGAUAGAUUGUGGUCCCAUGAAUAUGCCGAAGGCAUUAAUCAAUUCUUAUCAAUGGCUCAAUCCAAUGCUCCUUCCAGUGACUCAAUUAGGUGUCCUUGUCGGGACUGUCGUAAUAACUUCUUCCAGCCAUUUACUGUUGUGAGGGAUCAUCUAUUUUUGAGAGGGAUUGAUAGAAGUUAUACUCAAUGGAUAUUUCAUGGAGAAGAUGAUCAUUUUCAUGCCAGCCGGUCAGACGAUGAGGAUGAUGGAGAUGAUACUAGAGAGUACAUUGAUGACGUCGAUGAGAUGUUAGAUGACAUUCGGGUGGGAUCCUUCGUGGAUGAUAUUACCGUUUUAAAUGCUAGUGGCAGUGAUGAUGAUAAUGCACAGCCCAACGUUGGGACUUCUAGACACCAUACGUUUGAACAAUACGUCGAGGAUGCACGACGUCCCCUAUAUCCAUCGUGUACAACCUACUCAAAGCUAUCAUUUAUGGUGAAGUUGCUUCACAUCAAGACAAUCAGGGGUUGGAACAUGAAGUCAUUUAACAUGGUGCUAAAGCUACUGAAGUCUGCAUUCCCGAGUGCUCUCUUGCCUGAAGACUAUAAUGAUGCGCGUCAGCUAGAGCGUGGAUUGGGAUUUAGUUACACCAAAAUCCAUGUAUGCCCAAAUGACUGUAUGUUGUUUUGGAAAGAUGAUGAAGACAAAGAUAAAUGCCCGAAAUGCAACGCAUCUAGGUGGAUCUCAAUGACGAGUAAACACCAGGUACCUCAGAAAGUGAUGCGUUAUUUUCCAUUGAAGUCUAGGUUGCAACGCCUUUAUCUAUCGAAGAAGACAGCAGAAGCCAUGUGA